GCGUCCGCUGCCAUUCCGUGCGUAAAUACCACUAUUAUACAGCUCAUCCACAAUCUCCGAAGCCCCAACACAAACAUUAUCCCCUUCAACCCAGUCUAGUGACUCUAGAAUCAUGGAAACUCCCUCUGCAACGCUUGGCGUGAAUCCUAGUUGUAACUAGCUCAGGGCCGGGCAAGAUAUACUCUGAGGCAGUUCGAGCGAGUAUAAACUAUCUCGGAGUAAGGAGCUCUGACUGCCUUAAAACUCAAACUAGAUGAAAACUACCCUUGUAGAAUUCAUUGCUAGUAUAAUCAAAAUAUUGAGUAAAUUGUCUUCCUGAUGAAUCUUAACAUUUCCCUCAUAUACGGUAUCCUAUACAUCUGGUUCGCUUCGGUGCUGGCGAGCAACAACUUCAUGCGUUGAUCGUUCGAAGCCGGGUUACCUUUAUUAGCCAUCGCCAUGUUUCACAACCUGGGAAUCAGCUGGUCAUGCACGUUACCGGCGUAUAUGUGUGUCCUGUUUUGUGCCAUAUCCUUUCUUCCUUUACUUUCAUGGACGGAGACUUCAAUUGGCGAGCAAGUUUUUUCGUCGCAAUAUCUCAGCUGGCGGCAACGCUGCUCCUUUUCUUCGCUGUGUUCUUGUAUAAUUUAAUCCUAUAAUACCCUUGCUUUUCUGUGUAUAGUAAUAGGUGUAACAACAAUACCUUUAUGUUGAAUUAAUUGAUUUUAUAAGAUUGAACUGUAAACACUGAUGUAAGAUUGCCUUAUCUCCGGAAGAUCAUUGUUCCUGUCCAGUCCAGGAAUUCUUGAAUGAGGGACCCAUCUUUAAUCAUCCACACUAAAGCCUGGACCUUUCAAAGGGAAUCCAC